AUGUCAAGGGCGUCGGGGUCUCCCUCAGGGGCGAGCAGCAUGGCACAGGAAGCGAGUGCUAGGAACUCUAGCUCAAACUGCCUGUCCUCUAGGGCGUCACACCAAAGGGCAGACACACCCCCGACGGCCAGAGGACUGGAAGGAGGAGCAGCCACAAGACUGGUGGCGAAGUCAAGGCGGCGAGUAGAGGCAAACUCAGUGACUGCGGCAGUAAGAGGGGAGACAGAGGACACAGAGGCACGAGGGGACGAGCACGAGGGGAGCGACGAGAGGCCCAAGUCUGAGAAGGAGGAGGGGACAACGAAGACUGAGAACGAGGGAAAACAGCUGGAGAGGGGUCAGGAGGAGGAAGCGGAGGACCCGAGAUGGGAGGAGAGGGGGAGGAGGAAGGAGAGCAGGAGGGGAGACCGAGGGCCCGGAGAACGGAGACAGGAGGAGGAGGCGGCGGCUACUGCUGCUGCUGCGGCGGCGGCGGCGGCUGCUGCUGCUGCGGCGGCAGCUGCUGCUGCUCCUCCUGCUGCUGUAGCGGCUCCAGCUCCUGCGCCUCCUGCUGCUGCGGCGGCUCCAGCUGCAGCUGCUACAGCUGCUCCUACUGCUGCUGCUGCUCCUCCAGCUGCUGCAACUCUCUCUCCUCUCUCUCCAACUCCAGCUGCUCCUCACGGGCACGGCGAACACGAGCCUGGUGCCGGGUCGGGUAGGGGUGGGGGGGAGGAGUAG